AUGGAGGCUAAAAUCAUUGAAAUGGCAGCCGUAGGAAGGGCUUUGCAUCCUGGCAUGUUGUAUGACUGCCGCAGUGAUUCUGUUAUUCCAGGUAUUUCUCUAUGGGAUAAUGAAACAAUAAAGAAGGGCGUGGUUUCCCAUCGACAGCCCAAGACAGAUCUGAAGUUCACUGCUUCUGAUUCCCUCAGUGAGAAAGCCAAACUGCUAGAUGUGAGUGCUUCCCUUACAGCUAGCAUCCUGGGUGGUUUAGUGGAUGUUGGAGGCUCAGCCAGGUUCUUACGUGAUAACAAAUCCUCAACACGUCAGAGCCGGGUUUCUCUGCAGUACAGCCAGACAACAAGAUAUGACCAAUUAACUAUGGACCGCAAUAUCACCUACCCAAAGGUGUUUGAGGACGGAACUGCCACGCAUGUUGUUACUGCUGUACUCUAUGGAGCUCAGGCUUUCAUGGUGUUCGAUCUCACAGCCGAUGAGAAUGAGAACAAAGAAGAAAUUGAGGGAACCUUAAAUUUAAUGGUCAGAAAUAUUCCUUUUAUUGAUAUAGAGGGAGCUGGAGGUCUAAAAAUGAGUGAUGGUGAGAAACAAUUGUCUGAUAAGAUCAGUUGUACAUUUUAUGGUGACUAUGAACUUGAGCAGAAUCCCACCACAUACAAAGAGGCCCUGCAGCUGUACAAGGAGCUUUCAUCUCUGCUGAGGAAGAGAGAGAAUGAUGCAGUACCAAUGAAGGUUUGGCUUUAUCCCCUUGCACGUUUGAGUAAAAAAGCAGCUACACUGGAGAGAGAAGUUCGUAAAACACUGAUCACUAAAACAGAAACUCUGUUGGAGGAACUGAGAAAUGCAGAGAUUCAAUGUAAUGACUUGAUUACAAACACAACAGUAAAUGAUUUCCAGGAUGUGAGACGAAGGGUGAAGAAAUUGCAAGCGCUGCUAGAAGCCUACAAGGUGAUUUUUCAAAAAAACCUGCGUAGGCUCAUCCCUGCUAUUCGGGGUGGAAAAGAACAGGAGCGGGCACUAGCAGACAUCAUAACCACCCACAAAAAGUCUCCAUUUAGAGCUGAGAAGCUGAAUCAAUGGUUUGAGAACAAUCAGAGUGAAUUACAUCUGCUGAAACUCUAUACCCAGCAACUGAGUGGCGUCCCUGUCGUAAACUACACAGCCCUGUUGAGCAACAUUCUAAUAGAUCCCAGUGUUGAUACUGUGUUGUGCUUCUGCUUUACCUCUCUGAAAUACGAAGACCAAUAUUUGUCCAUUCUAACAAAAUUUUUGAAAGUAGAUGAGUUUGAAAACCUGGUAACAGUUCCAGAGUCAACUGAACAAUUGUGGAUCCGCACUCCUGAACUCAGUGAGAAGAUGAAAGAUAACAUUUUUCUUUUCAGAAGUUUUUUCCAAGCUAAUAAAGAUGACACACAAAUCAAGUUUGUCAUUGUCUCAGUCUCUGAUGCCUCCAAUCCUGGAGCCUCCAUCCGUCUUUACAGAAAACACAACAUGGUGGACGGUGCGUUUCAACCCGUGUCCAAACCUCCUGCACCCAAGGUGGAUGUCCAGGAGAGAAACAUUAUGUUGAGGCUGCAGAAGUCCCCGACUGGAUCGACAGUGCGGUUCAGAGUGGAAUACAGGACAACACAGGCCACUGAUUCAGAAGCUGAUGUGGAAAAAUGGGAAGUCACAGAGACUCCAGAUACUCAGGAGAAUUUCACCCUGACUGGAAUUAAGCCUGCAAACCAAUACUGGGUCCGGUACAGAGCUAUUAGUGAAGUUGGAGUGAGUGAAGCCAGCGACUCUGUCCUCUUCUCACGCCAAGGAAAAUUAAAAUUUUCUUUGGGCCAGAAUUGGGUCAGUUAA